AUUUCUAAUCAACUUUUCCUUUUGUCAACAAAUUAAAAGCUUGCUUAAUGAUUUAUAGAACCUUUCAAAUCCUACUUUUUUUCUCAUUGACAACUUCCAUAAAUUUACAGUUAAAAGACACAACAAUCAAGCAAACAAAAUCACCAACAACAAAGACAAGCAAGAGAAAAUUGAAGAUGUCAAUCCUUGUUACAUUACCAGAAGACUUGAUUUCAGAGAUCCUACUAAGGCUGCCUGUUAAGUCCCUGCAACGAUUCAAAUGUGUAUCGAAAUCAUGGUAUGCUCAUAUUAUUGAUUCGCGCUUCAUGCUCAAGCACUUUGUAAGCUCAAACAAUCAUGAGCUUCUUCUAAUUAGCCAUGUUAAACCAGCAAAGAGGCAACUACUUUCAUUGAUCUCUUCUGAGACAUUUGACAUCAAAAAUAAGCAUUUUCAACUAUCUUUUCCUAGCUCAAAUGAAGAAAACCGUAGUUUUGCACAUAUUUUAGGACCUUGUAAUGGGAUCUUUUGUGUCUUUGAUGCUAAAGAUGGUGCAAUAUCACUAUGGAAUCCUGCUAACCGACAGCUGAAAAACCUUCCGAGGUCAUAUGUUAAGCCUCCUCUUGAUGCAUACACUUUCGACUUGUGUGUUGGUUUUGGGUUUGAUGAUGAAAGGAAUGAGUACAAGGUUUUAGCAUUCAAGCACAUGUGUUUGCCCUCGUCUUCAACUAUAGCUCACGCGGAGCUAUACACAUUGAGCACCAACAAGUGGAAGGAGAUUGAUGUUGGGGAGGAAUUUCAGCCAACUGGGAAUCUACCUUGCUCGUCUUCAAGCCCCUCAAUAGAUGGUAUUUUCAGCUGGUUUGAGAUUGAUAACCAUGUACAGAAAGUGAUUUUCUCGUUCAAUAUGAAGAACGAGGUUUUCACAAAGACCCAACUCCCCUAUUAUAAUGGCAUCCCUUCAAAGAGAGUACAUGGGUGUUUGGCAUCCUUAAAGAACAACCUAGCUUUCAUUCAUGAUUACCCUCUUGCAGGAGUAAGUAAAAGUUUCGAUGUGUGGGUUUUGGGCGAGUAUGGUGUUAGAGAGUCUUGGAUGAAGCAACUAACUAUAGGACCCGUAGUGGGGGUAGCAGCACCCUUGGGGCUUUGGAAGAACGGUGAGCUUCUUUUGGAACAUGCUGAAAGAAAUCUAGUUUCCUACAAUCCCAUUACACAAGACAUGAAAGAUCUUCAAGCUCGCGGGUUUAUUAAUGUAUUGCAAGUUCUUCCAUACAAGGAGAGCCUAGUUUGUUUACAGGAAGCAGAGGAGAUUAAUCACAACAGGGAAGUGAUCCCUUUCUCUGUCUCAGAAUGCGAGGAUGAAAACAGUUUACAGAUACCGUCUUCAUCUAACAGCUUAAACUCUGAAAAUAAUUCUUCUGCGGUGUGAAAAUCCAGCAGGAAAUAAGUAGAAGAAUGCUAAGAGGAGAUCUGUAUAUUAAUAUAGCUUGUUAUCUUGUAUGACCACUAUUUAUACUUUUAGCUAUUGAAAGUUAUAAGAUGUGCAAUUGUGUGUAACGAGUGACCCUGUAUUCUAUAUUCUAUUCCAAGCACCUUCAACCACCAUAUUCCGGUAUUCCCUCUCUCAACUUCAUUCCAAAACCGACUUCCAAAACCUUCGACAGACAUAAUCCUCCUCUCAGCUACACCCCAUCAAAACAGCUGCUAUGACCAAAGCACAAACAAACAUCACUGGCCCGAUGUUCAACACAGCUGCCAAGUAACCUCAUGGUCACUGAUCCACAAGUUCAAGAUAAACUAUAAAAUUGAAUCUUUGACAGAC